UGCUCCCCACUCAACUUAUUGGUUGGCAUCGAUGGUGCUACCCCAGUUAUACGCAGCCUGGUUAGAGACGUAGCGCUUCAAGGGUCACGACCGAAUAGGGAGGCUUUGCGUGAAAUGACAAGGCAGCGUGCCUCAGAGCGUUUGGUUCAAAAUAAAACAAACCAGGACGACUCUGUAAAUAAAGGACGCACUCAGCCAAGACACUUUGAGAUUAAUUCACUUGUGUUUGUAGUGAAGAACGCGCAGAUGACUGGGAAACUUGAUUCCGGUAUGCGCGGGCCUUAUCGAGUUGUGAAGGCUCUUCCCCACGGGCGGUAUGAGCUUAAGUUGGUGACUGGCUCAUACGGCAAGACCACCCAAGCGGCUGCCGAGUACAUGAAGCUCUGGAGAGGCGAGUGGACUCCUGAAGUGUGUGCUGCAUACUUUGAGGACGCAGACCAUGAAGCUGACGAGCCCACUAACCCAGAGGCUUCAGCUGAGAGUCCGAUGGAGUCACAGCCAAGCACAUCAAGGAGGGCUGACAAUGGAGCAGACGAGUCCACUCAUCCGGAGGCCUCAGCUGGGAGCCUAUUGGAGUCCCAGCCAAGUACCACAAGGAAGGCCGAGGACGACCUUCUGUCAGGAGCGGCCGUGUUGGGGAAUUGAGCCUGCGGAGUCACGUGGUCAGAGGCUGGCCACCCGGUCUACGUCAUCGCUGACGCGCCGGGCGGGGGGAGUCGCCUCACGGUGGCGCGCGGGCAGCUCCUUCACUUUUCCCUGGCGCUUGAGCGGAGCGGUCGUGUCAACCAUUCGUUAGGACUAGGUUAUUUUCGGUUACCCGUAGAAUUUGUUAAAUUGUGGUUAUCUUGUGAAUUUAAUCUUUAGUUCGGUUUUCUGAUAAUCAUUGUAGCUUAGUUGAGUUUACUUUAGGUUUAGGCUAGUUUUAGUGUUAAUUAUCGUGUAAUUAAGUGAUUUUUGAGGUCUGUAAAAAGUGAAUAAAGUGUAAGGUUGAUUUUCUUGUUUAGUAAUUGUUUUUUUUUAAGUAAAUUUGGCCCAUUUUCCUAAA